AUGUUGACCAAAUCUCUCGUUCAAGAAGUUGUAUUUGGCAAUGUUCUUAGUGCCAAUUUGGGUCAAGCUCCUGCUCGUCAAGCUGCUUUAGGUGCAGGAAUCUCUAACUCUGUAACUUGUACUACAAUCAACAAGGUUUGUGCUUCAGGCAUGAAAGCGGUGAUACUUGCUGCUCAGAGUAUCCAGUUAGGUAUCAAUGAUGUAGUUGUGGCGGGUGGCAUGGACAGCAUGUCUAAUACACCAAAGAAAGGAUCUAGAUUUGGUCAUGAUUCACUAGUAGAUGGAAUGUUGAAGGAUGGACUAUGGGAUGUUUAUAACGACUGUGGGAUGGGAAGUUGUGCAGAGUUAUGCGCUAAGAAAUUUGAGAUAACAAGAGAGCAGCAGGAUGACUACGCCGUUCAGAGUUUUGAGCGUGGUAUUGCUGCCCAGGAAGCUGGUGCUUUCACAUGGGAAAAUCAUCCCGUUUCUGGAGGAAGGGGUAGGCCAUCAACCACUGUUGACAAGGACGAAGGUCUUGGAAAGGUGAUUUAUGUCCCUUUCUGUUUGAUGCUCGCAAAAUUGAGGAAGCUCCGUCCAAGUUUCAAGGAUAAUGGAGGCACUGUUACAGCUGCAAAUGCGUCUAGCAUAAGUGAUAGUGCAGCUGCUCUUGUUCUAGUUAGUGGAGAGAAGGCGCUUCAGCUAGGACUUCAAGUCAUCGCAAAAGUUAAAGGUUAUGUGAGACUUAAACCCUGCAGGAACCAGAGUUUUUUCACUACUGCUCCUGCUCUGGCAAUACCAAAAGCUAUUGCACAUGCUGGUUUGGAAUCUUCUCAAGUUGAUUACUAUGAGAUCAAUGAAGCAUUUGCAGUUGUAGCACUCGCAAAUCAGAAGCUACUUGGGAUUUCACCGGAGAAAGUGAAUGUAAAUGGAGGAGCUCUGUCUUUAGGACAUCCUCUAGGCUGCAGCGAGGCUCGUAUUAUAAUCACAUUGCUUGGGAUACUAAAGAAGAGAAACGGUAAUAUGGUGUGGGAGGAGUGUGUAACGGAGGCGGAGGUGCUUCUGCUCUUGUUCUUGAACUUGUUUGAUGCAUUAUGA